GGCUCGGAGCGCGGCCCCAGCACACGCCGCGGGAAGCCGGCUGCAGCCCAGGGCCGGGCGGACGGUGCGUCAGCAUCUCCCAUUCAAAAUGCCCGAGCAAAGCAAUGACUACCGGGUGGUGGUGUUUGGAGCUGGCGGCGUGGGCAAGAGCUCCCUGGUUCUGCGCUUUGUGAAGGGGACGUUCCGGGACACCUACAUCCCCACCAUUGAGGACACCUACCGGCAGGUCAUCAGCUGCGACAAGAGCGUCUGCACCCUGCAGAUCACUGACACCACGGGUAGCCACCAGUUCCCGGCCAUGCAGCGCCUCUCCAUCUCCAAAGGCCACGCCUUCAUCCUGGUCUUCUCCGUCACCAGCAAGCAGUCCCUGGAGGAGCUGAAGCCCAUCUACCAGCAGAUCUUGCAGAUCAAGGGCAGCGUGGACACCAUCCCCAUCAUGCUGGUGGGUAACAAGUGUGAUGAGACCCAGCGGGAGGUGGAGACCAAGGAAGGAGAGGCCGUGGCCAAGGAAUGGAAGUGCGCCUUCAUGGAGACCUCGGCUAAGAUGAACUACAAUGUCAAGGAGCUCUUCCAGGAGCUGCUCAACCUGGAGAAGAGGAGGAACAUGAGCCUCAGUAUCGACGGCAAGCGGUCCAACAAGCAGAAGAGGACAGAUAAAAUCAAGGGAAAAUGCAGCCUUAUGUAAAGCACCGGACUGUCCCUCGUCUCUUCUCCGCCCUACAAGUUAAACAUCGGCGUUGCCCUCCCGUCUCCCCUACUCCUCCCCCUCACUGCAUCUUAUCACUGUGACUGCUCUGGGGACCGUUUUCCUUUCCGAUUCCAGCUCGGUAUAUUCCCCUCCCCUGGCGACGAGGGCCAUGAUCUCGCUCUCUGGAAGGGGAAUAUGCAAUACUAGGGGCUGGGGCUGGAUCGCACACGUGCAUUUGGGUUUCGUUUGUUUGCAGCGAGACGAGGGACGCAUGGGGGAAGCCAAGGAAACGCCGCAGGAAGAAGACUCUCGAUCAAAAUUUUCUCUCUUCUCUUCCCCACUCUCUGGCUUUUGACUCCGUGUGUGGGUGCAGCCUGCGGGGAGACCUGUCUGAGCCUUGGCAUGGACACACAGCCCUUCACAGAUACGCUCACGUAUUCCAGCAUGAACUGAACAGAGAAUGCUGCUAACACAGACAACUUUUAGCUGGGGCAUAGUGGGGCAUCAUUUGGUUCCCUAACGCCACCAAGACCCCAUAUCUACAAGGGAGGGGUAAGAGGCUGCUCUCAAGCCCUCACCAGACCCUUCCUUACCAGUCAGAGGAACACACACAAUUCCCAAAGGGGUGAUCUGAUGUACGUCGCUUAACCGGAGACUUUGAAGGACUAGCAACUCGCUUCGUGUGUCCAGGCUGGAACACAAUCCCAAGGUCACCGCGGCCCUGCUGGGGAUGGGGACGCUUUCAGGUUGUUUGCCCAAAUUCCAAGAGACGCUGGUUAAUCAAUGAGGAUCUGCCCAAGGACCUGGAAGCCAACAAGGACAGCUGGGGCGGGUACGAUACCCCACUGGGCAGUGGCACUCAAAGGAGGGGUCUCUACAUUGUCGAAUGCCCUGGCUAUUUGAACAGUGGGAGAUACUGAAAACCAAAAUGCAUGUACUCAGCCCAAGGAGGAUUUUAGCUGGCCAUGGCCAAGUUAAAGAGAACGAGACACUGGCCUAGGAGGAGUGGCCAGGAAUGGGAGAGCAGCGAGACGAGACAGAACCCAGCUGGAAGGGAGUUAUUUACGCUGAGGCAGCUGUGAGGUGGGAUGAGGGCCAGGUGUCCAGAUUUGCCCCCAGGAUUUGCCUUUUUCUUUUGUUGUUGCUAAAAUGCCAAGUGGCAGCAGCGCAGCGUGAGAGGCUGGUAGUGCAGAGGUGACUAAAAGAAUAGCACAUACCUAGCCAGCAGUGAGGGCGAAAGGGCUAGAGGUGAAGGAGGAGGGGUGAGCGCCAGCACCUUGAUGGUGUUUUGGACGCAGUGUGGAGCUGGUGGGAUUUUCAGGGCAUUGAGGGAUGAGAGGCAAACUGAUGGGCCAGGCCAGGCUAUGCGUGGCAGAUAGGCUGGGCCGGGGCAUGCAUGUCAGUGCUAGGUUUGGUAAGAAUCUUUGGAAAGUGUCACUGGGCGCUGCCUUUGGAACAUCUGCCCCUAGCACCACUGUUUGUGCAAACAGUGUAUUUCCGGGUGCAAGCAGGCAGCCCUUAGUGCACAACAGCUGGUGGUGGUGCAAAACAGGCUAUAGUGCACACAUAAUGGGUGGGUGUGCGAGACAAGCAUAUGCACGCAAAAACUGGGCACCCACAGGCUUGAUUGCCCGUUGGUGCUUGCACUAAUGCCUGUUCUGCGCACACACAGUUUCCACACUUUCCCUUUUGCACACACAGUGCCCUGUUUUUGCACAUGGACUAGGGGCCUGCUUUGCAAAUCUGGCUGGAUCUCUCCAGCUAGAGACGUCUGAAUCCUGAGCUGCUUCCUAGCCUUCCUCCCUCAGCGGCCACAGACUCUGCAGAGGGCCAUGGUCCAGCUCUGUGACAUCUGAAUCAGGAGCCAGGGGGAGGGGAAACCUUUGCACUUCAACCCUCAUACCAGAAUGAGCGAGCCAGCGGCGACGGAUGGCACAGGGUGUGCUCCAGUGUGUACCACUCAGCUUAAAAAGACCCUCCUCCCUGCUCUCCCAGGACCACCCUCCCUCUCUGCCAAUGCACAGCAGCCGUGUGUCCCACCCCCGCCUGUCUGCUCCAGGGGCAGCCCCAAGCACUGCAGCUGGCAGUGCCAGUACUGCAGCAGGGGGCGGCCAUGGCGGGGGUAUUUUAUCCGUACACUCCCUAGGGAAUUGCCCGUUGGGCCCCAGGGCCGAUGGCUGCAGAUGCUCAGGGGUAGCCGUGCCAAGUGGGGUGAUCCCAGGCACAUCCCAGCUGGACCCAAACCCUGCACCCAGCCCCUGUGGUUGUAAUAGGCUAACCCACAACCUCUGCAGCCUGGGCCCCUCUCUGCGGCAGGAGCCCCUUGAGCUCAGUCUGCCACUCACCAGCCCCCUUGACUCUUUAACCCUUCGCAGCCCGGAAGCUGCCGGCCUAAGCACAAUGUGUGGGGCUCCUUGGGAGCCCUGACCUAGCACAACGGCGGUGAGCACUGAUGGGGGCGCCCCUGGGUUUGCGCUGCUGGGCCCCGGGGAGUGAGGCCGUGCCUGAUGCACGUGCUGCCUGCUGGACUCUUGGCAGUCUUGCAGACAAGGAAGAUCUGGAACUGGGCCCAAUGGCCUCUCCCUUCACCCCUCCUCCAGCUGCCUUGCUGAAGUAGCCUGCUGGUGGCUUGAUGCCAUGGUGACGGGUGUCACUGGACAUCACCACUUCCACAUGGAUGGAGCCGGUGAAGGAAGCAUCACGGGGGGUGGGGGCAGCUCUGCCUGGAGACUGGCAAACCCCAGGCGAGUCAGAGUCCAAAGCAGCACACGAAGGGGAGAAGUUCUGACCAGACUUUACCCCAUGCUCCAGUGGGGGCAGGAUUUGGCCUCCUUGAACCUGCAGAGUUGGGCUGCAAAUCUGUGCGGGGCAGCCCAUUCCAGGCUCAUCUCCCCGAGCGGGAGUAAAUCCCCACGGACGUCAAAAGGGGCUGCGUCGCUUUAUGCCGGGAGGGGAUCUGACCCGCUCCAGCCCUGGAUACUCAAAGACAGCCACAAAAAUGCCUAAUAAGAGGGUGGGUCAGAUCACAGAGAGGGCAGGGUUGUGUUGGGUGUGCAGCUGGAGGAGGAAGAGGGGAGGGCUCUGUCUGAACCCCCCCUCCCAGCCCCUCGCUGCCCUCGCAGGGCAGAAUCUGGGGGCUCCCUUCGGCCCAAGGAGGACUCAGCAGGAAGCAGCUGGAAUCCCUCCAGGCACUAGCUGUGUUCCCUGCUUUGCUUGCUUCUUGGGUGGCUUAGCCAGGCGGUCCCCUCCCGACUCUGCACCAGGGAAGGGACGUUCUGCUUGCCCAAACCCAUCCCCUAGGGGGCGCUGGGGGCCUCCUCACCGCUAGGGGCAGCUUGUCCGCUAGCAGGUAGGAGGAGUCGCUCUGCAUUGGGGUUCGCCAGCAGCUCGUUCCUCUCCCUGGCUGGGGGUCCAGGGGGCAGCCGCUGUGCUGCGAGUUAACGAGGAGGAGCCUCAGCUAUCCCUGGCCCGGGGUGGGCACGCUGGUGCCACCGGGGGUGGGGGGUGGGGGGUGGGUUGCCAAGCCCAAAUCCCUCCUGCAUCCCCUGGCGGAAUCUGAGCACGCGGUCUGCUCGGCUAGCGGGGUCGACCCGUCAGGAAGAGCAGCCUCCCCCGGCUCAGUGGGAACCUUUCCCCUUGGCACUAAGUGGAGCUGGCUGAGGCCCCCCGCGAGGAACUCGGCUCUGACUCAAGUGAAGCCCCCCUCAGCAUAGCCGUGCUCAGCCCAUGUCUCGGACGGGGGGAGCCAGGCUUGGGAUCGCCCCAUUAGCCUGUUACCCCCGGAGAUGCCAGGCUGUGUAUCGAAAGCAAGGCACGGCCAGGGGGACUGGCUGGGGGCCAGGGCCCCAGGAGUUUUGUCGAGGCACUGACCCAUCCACAUCACCUUGAAACGAGGCCCAGUAAUAAUAAUAACGAGGAGCAAGAUGUUUGUUUACACGUGUAUCUCGCCCGGUCAUAUGAUAUUGAAGAUAACUUACUCCCAGCUAAGAGACUGGCGUCUUGAAUAUUGUAUGGUGCUUUGAAACUCAACUCUCGUAUCUUGCAUUGUAAAUACCAGUCCUGCCUAGACCCCUCUGACGCCAGCAUGAGAUCAGUAACUAGCUCCCAUGCAUUACUGGCUUUUUAAAACAAACCGAACAAAGAAAGAAAGGAACAAGAUGAUAUUACAAUGUAGCCUUUAUUCUAGAACUAGUCUUCCUGAAAUAAAUAAAUUACUCCUGCAUUCCCUCA